GCCAAUCAGAGACGAGCAGACUCCCUCCCGCUGCUUCUGAUUGGCUGAGGGACAUCCGGCCUGUGAGGAAGUGACUUCUUGUUGACACGAGUUUCUCCGCUGCUCCUCAAACCGGGAGACGUCACACACACACACGACUGCUCCGUUAGUGCCUCUCACCGGCAGCACCGGGAGCACCGGGACACGGUGUCCCGCUCACGGGGCAGAUGGUGCAGGUGCUUGGGAUGUGGCUCUGUGGUUUGUCUAACGAGGAGAGUGACAGCAUCUUAAAGGGCUCUUGAAACCAAGAUUCCUGUACCGAGAGCCAGGCAGACGAGGGCAGCCACCAUCACCUUCAUCCUCACAAAUGUAGGCCCAACGAUGCAGGAUGGGUCUACCUGUGGUCAGCCCAGACAGAAACUGUGAUGUGCUUAAAUGUGAGCAGCGGGGAGAAGGAGAGGAGGGCGAAAGCCAAAGUGAAGCCUGCACCCGCAUCAGGCCGUCUGCCAUCAAAAAGAGGAGGAAAGGCAAGAAGAGACUGUGGAUCAACCUCACUAACUGCAAAUAUGAAAGUGUGCGACGAGCUGCUCGCAGAUACGGCCUCAGGGAAGCGGCGGAGGGUGAGGACUGGACGCUGUUUUGGACCGACUGCUCUGUGUCUCUACACCGCGUUAAGGACAUGAAGCGUUACCAGAAAAUAAACCAUUUCCCAGGGAUGAAUGAGAUCUGCCGCAAAGAUUUACUGGCGAGAAACAUGAACCACAUGCUCAAGCUCUUCCCCAAAGACUACAACAUCUUCCCUCAGACGUGGUGCCUUCCUGCAGAUUACAGUGACUUCCAAGCUUACACCAGGGCCAAAAAACACAAGACGUAUAUCUGUAAGCCGGACACUGGUUGCCAAGGCAAAGGCAUCUUCAUCACCAGGUCAAGUAAAGACGUUCCAGCUGGGGAACAUAUGAUCUGCCAGGUUUACAUCUCCAGGCCUUUCAUAAUUGACAGGUUCAAGUUUGACUUGCGUAUUUACGUGCUGGUGACGUCAUGUGAUCCAUUCAGCGUGUUCAUGUUCAAGGAGGGACUGGCUCGGUUCUGCACCACGCAGUACAACGAGCCCACACACGGCAAUGUGAAAAUAAGGCAACAACUGCAGGAGCUGCGUCUGAAGCAGGAGCAGAAGGAGAGAGACCAGAGGGGGGGUCGGAGGAGAGACUUGCAGGGGGAGACGGCGGGGGAGAGAGUCAAACCUCGACGAGCACAGACACAAGCCCCCGUCUCACACUGCGACCCGCGGCCGCCUCUUCUACCCAGAGUGUCGGAGGAUCCUGAAGCUGCAGACGUCCAGGCAGAGAAGGAGGAGGAGGAGGAGGCGGCAGCAGACGUGGAGGAGCAGCAGCGGGUUGAUGCACUUCUGCAGAGGAAGAAACUACUGCAGGACCUGGGGGUGGUGGAGCAGAUCCAGCAGCUGCUGCAGGGCCGGACUCAGGCAGGGAAAGACUCCCAGCGGCCGAGGAAGCAGCCGAGACGACAGGAGACGAAGUUGGACCCUUUGACGCAGUUUCCCCAAAGGACGAAGCAGCAGCAGCAGCAGCAGCAGCAGCAGCCGCCCUGCGCUCAGACCUCACAGCAGCUCAUCCACGUGACCCAGCAGCGUUUGCUCAGGCCCCCGAUGGAUCAGAGGGGCCUGAACGAGUCCGUGUGCCCGCUGCACGAGCUCGAGAGCCACAACAGAGCGGGAGAGGUACACAGCACCAUCAGCACCCAGCGGAUACACUGGUCAGUCGGCAGAUCUCUGGACGUGUGGCAGGAGAGCAGGAGAAGCUCCUUCUCCGACACCCGGCUCCUCAGCGUGUCGACCGUAAACCCCCCAGCUGCCCUGCAGAGCCUGCUCGUGAUCUCCAGAGCCCCACUGGUCAGGAGGCCUGGCUUCUCUCACGCCCGGGGCCCCCAGCACGGUAAAGGGCAGUGAGGAGCAGGGGCCACGGCCUGCUGAACUCCGGGACUGACGCCGCCUCCACAUGUAAAUCCAUUUAGCACGAGCAGGACGUGAGGAGAGCAGAGGUAGAGGGGCCUUAAACUGUGAUGAUACACAAAACUCACUGUGCCGAUGAUGAAUGUGUCUCGUUUGCAGAUUUUAUUUCUGGACUCCUGCAGUUUACGCCUCUCGCCGCCUCACAGCAUCAC